UAUGUCAUGGGUGACAAUUGACACUAUUGACAGCGACAUCAAAUAAGCGAGUUGGUUCAUUGGUUGUUGAUAAUUUCAGGUUUUAUUGAAAAAUAAACAGUAAUAAUUGAGUAUUCGUGAAAUAAAACGAAUCAACGCAACAUGGAGUUGAUAUACUCAAUGAGGCGUAAACUUUUGAAAUAUGAACCACCGCAUUUUGAAAGUCCAUCAGACCACGAAGUUGUCCGUCCAAUCUGCACGAUAUCGACUUGUAAUAUCAUAGCUUUCUCUUCACCAACGGAGCUGGAUGAUACGGAGGGCGACACCUGGGGAGGACACGUGUACGUCUGUGACUUGGAUACUCCUUGGAACUGCCACAAAGUCACCAGUACUGCUUAUCCUGUGUCAGCCUUAGAAUGGGAUAUGGAAGGCAAGCAGCUGCUUGUAGCGACCACAGUGGGAGAUGUGUCGGUGUACACUCAAAAGGACUACUUACUCAAUGAGUGGACUUGCUUGUAUACUGCUAGUUUUCCAGGCGAACACAUAAUCCGCGCGGUAUUCUUCCACAACGGUCGCCGGCUGGUCAUGGUGGACAAGAAGCCAGACGCUCCCAUCACCGAGAGAAUACAGAUGCUAAGAUCUACACCCACUCUGAAAGGGUUUGGUGGUGUAGCAUGCGAGGGAGCUUGUAUAAUAACAGCGACGGGUCUGAUCGGCGUCCUGACGCCGGCGGAGGGCGGGCGCGCGCACGUCGCUACAGACUGCCUCAGACCAACCAGGGACCAUAUCACCGCUGCCAGUAUCGCUCAUAAGAACGGCAGCCUGGUGAUAGCGGCGGUGUGUCGCUCGGGCGGGUCGGCGGGGCGCUGGUGCGUGCGCUGCGUGUGCGCCGCUGUGACGUCAUCGUCGCCCGCGCCCGCCAUCGCGCUCUCGCCGCUGCCCACCAUAUACCUACCGCAGCAGGAUAGCCAGCCUGUUUCGAUAACUUGGUGUCAGCGAGAAGACACCGACUCUCUACUGAUAGCCGGCGCUACUCUCACGAUGUGGAAAUGUACGGAACGGGCGCAUCAAGUGCAUAAACUUUUCGCUAAAGGUCCAAUACAAGGAAACACAACUCCUGGAGGCGGGCCCAAACCUGUUACUGAUUGCUUCAACACUCUUGUAUGGCAAAAGACAGUAGCGUGGGGUGUGGAGGGCGGCGAGGGCGCGGUCUGCGCGGCCAGCUCGCGGACCGCGCUCGGAGCCCCUCAUGCUGUACUGGCCACGCCCAGGGCAUUGCAUCUGCUGGCCAGGGAUACUCAUCAUUAUUUAUGCAGUCGCGCCGUGAUUACAAGCGGUGGUAUCAGUAACGCAGUAGAGGCAUCCUCCACACCUCCCAAGAAAGCUAAAUAUGGAACAACGCCGAGCGGCGGCGGUUGCGCUAUGGUGUCGUGUGUAGAGAUGUCACAGCUCGGCGGAGUAGUGCUAGCUAUCGACACUCACGCGCAACUACAUCUGUAUAAACUGCCGCAGCCGUGGGCAGAUAUACCAACACCAAUAGCUGUACAACACGCUACCAACCUGCUUGAGUACGCCGUGGUCUCCGGCUAUGACUGUCUCGACGUGCUGGUCGCGUGUACCGGUAGCAUCAAGCAUAAUAUAUUGGAGAUGAUGUAUGAGAGACUGACAGAGUCAUUUCAGCGGCAACCGGCCGCCUUCCAGCAGUAUUACUUCCACAGUUGGCUGAAGCUAAGGAUAGCUUUGUGCAGGUUGAUCCCGUCCGCCCAGAGCAGCGUGUCGUGGCUGACGUGCCUGCAGAGCCUGCAGGCGUGCUGGGCGGCGGUGUCGCUGGCGCUGCGCCCCGACGACAAGCCCGACGCCGCGCCGCUCGCCGCGCUCUUAGAUGAUCACUCGCAUGAACAAGAUAAGACCCUACUAACUCUAGAAGCAAAACCGGACGCGAUCAGCGAGGCCGCCACCCUGCAGCCGCUGCGGCUGUGUCUGCAGCGUGCUAUAGACAUCGGGCUGACCGCGCUGCUGUCACUCGCUUACCAACACCAGCAUCAACAUCAGAUGCAUCCUAACAACUACGAGGUAUGGGCUGACGGCGCGGCAGUGCAGCUGGUGCGGCGCCUGGCGCUGGCGGCGCGCGCGGGAGGCCGCGCCGCCGACGCGCUGCUGCGCCCGCUGGCCAGGCUGGCCGCGCCCAGCACGCCGCGCCAGGAGCUCAUAGAGGAAUGCCUAAGUCUUAGCACGCAAUGGACGGGCGCCCGCGUGUGGGAGUCUCUGCCGCGGUGUAACGUCGCCGCGCCACACGGCAACUCCUGGCCUCUAUAUCUGGAAUACGGUGUUGAACCUGAAGCGCUGCGCUACAACCCUGAGCCGCCAGGGUACGCGCAAUGCGAAACCGCGCCGUCAAUCACUAUGGAUGCUAUACGCUACAUGUACGUCGGCGGCGGUCUCCGGCCGGCUCGCUGGCGGCAGUGCGGCCGCUGCGGCUCGCGGGCGCUGUCGGCAUCGCAGCCGAAUAAGCAUCCGUUACAGGGAGCUUAUGAUGGCAGGUUUCUGGCUGCUUGCAGAUGCGGUGGAAAAUGGACCCUAUUUUCAAACAUAUAAUCUCGUAUUUAAGAUUACUUAAGAUAUAAUAGUUAUAAUUAUGUAAAUAAUUAGUAAUAAGAUGAUAAAA